AGAGAAAAAUCCUAGUAAAAGCAUUAAUCGAUACAACAUCUAAAUCCAAUACUAUUAGCAAGCGCUUGUAUAAUAAGCUUGAAGAAGAUUAUGGGUUAGAAGAUAGUACCGAAGUAAUAGAUUUUCAAAUUCGCAAAAAUCUAUCAUUUGAUUUGGUGCUAGGACGAGAUUGGUUAUGGAUGCGUGAAGCAAAAAUAAGCUUUGGAUAUUCUCCCAAAACCUGUGUCCACCAUGCUAAAAUUGUAAUCGAUAAAAUCGAUAAGCCUGAUCUAAAUUUAGAAAAGUUUGUAGAUAUGUUUAAAAAAUUAUCUAUAGAGACUAAUUUAUCCAGUUCUGAUUCAGAAUCCACGGGUUCAGACUGGUACGAUCUUGAUCUAAAAAAAACCCAAAAGAAACGCAUUCAUAUUACAAAGAAAAAUGUUAUCUCUUCUAGCCAAAAACAUCGUAGAAAUAAGACAAUUAGAACUAA